AUGCUGGGACUCCCAGCCAGGCCCUCCUCUGGUAGGAGGUGCCAUUCCCAGAAACGCAUCCUCUUCCUCUUCUCCCUGGUCCUGCUGGUCUCGUCAGGGUCCAUGGUCAUCCUCCAUAUCACAAGCACCCCUUUCAUCCGAUCCAGUUCCCUCUCCUGUACCGCUUCUUCCUCGUCAUCCUCAUCAGACUCGGCAGGGUGUAUCGCCUCUGCUGCCUCCCGUAGAACCCGCUGGAGGUCUGAUCGGGAAGAGGACGAUGAAACCUCAGGUUCGAGCUACGGCAAGAGCCCAGAGGAGCGCUACAGAGGCAACAGUCCCUUCAGGAACCACGACCGCCCCCGUCUUGCCCUCCCUCGUCCAGCAGAAAACGUCAUGAUCGAAGGCCAGGAACAACCACCACAAAUAAUCCAAGGUCAGGACAACUACAUCAGUCAGCAGCAACAACAGCAACAGCUCGAUAGUCAACAAGCUGGAGCAGCAGUGGUAGUAACGGGGGAUCAAGAUCAGGAGGAGACUGGAACCACGAUAGAGUCUGGCAAUUUAAUCGAGAGCCCGCAAUUAAACAGCAAUGACGACGAGCGGGGGACACAUGGUUCCCAGGAUAGCCAGGAAGACGAGGACUCGAGCAACGACGACGGCGAGGAGCUCACAGAGGAUGCACAAACAGUUGUCGAGGAACCUGUCGUCCUCCCCUUCGAGGACACUCUGGACUCGGAAGACAGCACAAAGUAUCUUACCUACCUUCCCUACGCCGGCAUCACCAACCAGUUUUACGGCAUGCUCCGUGGUAUGGAAGUCGCCAAGGCUCUCGGCCGAACCCUCAUCAUCCCACCCAUCACCGCCUCCAGCCACGACAAGUCCAAACAGAACCAGCCCUGGUCGACGUUCUUCGACCUAGAAAAGUUCUCUCAGCUCACUGGCACCAAGGUCAUCGAGUUCCACCAGCUCAGGGACGUUGAGGCUGCUGAGAUGAACCAGCUGAAGUGCGGCAUCACCUGCGGAUUCGGCUCAAAGAGGACAAUCGACUUUACGGCCAAGGGAUUCCUGAAGCAAUGGAAGCUCAACGUCACUCUGGACAAUCUGAGUGCUGAUCCCACCAAGCUGGAAGCCAUUACCUCGGCACUCCGACCCCUCAAUAACGACAAAUAUGUCUGCAUUUCAAACACCUACAAGAUCGUUGUCAAGGACAAGUCCGAGUGGGAGCGGUUUGGUCAGCAUCUUCAUUUCACCGAGGGACUCGACUCGUUUGUGAAUGAGUUUUUGGAUCGGAACUUGGCCAAGCAGGAGGGCAGCGAGAAACACUCGUACCUAGCUGUCCAUGCCCGCCGCGGCGAUUUCGCAGCCUACUGCGAAUCUAACUUCAAGGGACCCAGGAUGAUCCACUGCCUGCCUACGACCGAGCAGAUUGCCACCCGCAUUGACACGGUCCAGACCCGGUUGAACCCCAAGAUGAACCCCGACCUGGUGCUGCCUGUCUUCGUUGCCACCAACGAGAGGCGGCCGGAGGAGCUGAAGAAGUUUGCCGACCUUGGAUGGCGGUACCUGGACCAUGACGAGAUGGGCACUGUUGAGAAGCUCGGAGUCUUUGGACCGAUGAUGGUGGACCAAGUCUUUAUGGCGCACGCUCAAGGCUUUGUCGGCAUCCAGAUGAGUACCUUCUCUCGUGUGGGAGCACUCCGGCAGAGGGACUGGCACGACCGUACAGCCGAAAUGUCGGCAUACGCAGGAGACACGUCCGGCAAGGGCAAGGGCAAGCAAGGGAGCAGGACCAGCAUCAGUAGUACCAACAACAACAGGAAUGAAAUCACUUUGAGCCUACUGGACGACUUGGGUGCCAUGUCGGACGGUUACGAUGUCGAUGUCGACGACCUUCUGAGCGACGAGAGUGAGAAUGACGACCUGAUCGACAACGAGGCAGACUUGGCCUUGCUCCUCCGUACUCACGGCAUCACCCUCGACGACCCACCGCCACCACCUGCUGUUUCACGAGGAAUGGGUUCGAACUAUUUUGCAACGACUAUGUUGGCACCAGGAGCAAGUCAGAGCACAUUUCUGCCUGGAGGACCUGGUCCCUCGACAGCCACUGCAGCAGCACCGCGAUUCCAGGACCCGAGUGAUGCUCAGAGCUGGAUGGCUGCGAUGGAGAAGCGAUAUGAGGAAGAGCUCCAUCAGCAGCAAGCUUCUCCAGCACAACCGGCUCAGAGCCUGUCCUUUGUCUAUAUUCAUACCCAUGGGUCUACGAGUCAAUCAAGGGUACAUUCGAGCGCGUCGUCACCAACCAUCCCGGUGGCAGUGACGCCUAAACGUACAAUCGCUCCCACAACCUCUCCAACAAGGGCUUAUGUGGAGACUGGCAUGGAGGGCGAUAUUCAGAUCAACAAUCGGGAUUCUGCUCAUGCGGAUCUCCAGCAAGAUGGAAGGAGCGCGACACGCGCAUAUGCCUCGACGGGCCAGGCAGCCCCUGCACCAGAGCCGUUUGUGAUGAAUCCAGAGGAGAACAAACGCCUUACGGGCGUCAUACGAUCGCAGACAGCCAGUGCUCUCGAGGUCAACAGGAAAUAUCAGUUGGCACUUGAGCAAAAGCUUCGUGAUAUUGAACAAGCGCAUAGCAGGAACAAGAAGCUUAGGGACGAGCUUCAAACGCCACCGAGCAACAUGGAUACGCUUCGGAAAAAGAGUCAUCCCCUCAUUGCCUCCCAGAAGCGAAAAUACUGGAGUGCAUUGGACCGUGCCAACCUCAGACAAGGCGUUAUUGCAGAAAACAAGCGGCUGUUGUUUGAAAAGUUCUUGCGCGAAGGCAACAGUCAGGCGAUUGAAUCCCUUAAUAACGCGCCCGAGGUUGAUAUGAUGCUCAACACAAAGGGACUCGACUGGAAGCGGAUCUCUCAGCGAUACGUUGACAAUCGUACACCAUCGGAGUGCCUCAUUCAAUGGACGAGUCAUGAUCAUCCAGGAAUCAACAAAAACGACUGGUCCAAGGCUGAACUUGUGAAGCUCGACAGCCUUGUCAAGCAACACAAGGGACGCAAUUGGAUUCAAAUUGCGCUGGAUCUCAACACAAACAGGACUAGUGCUCAGUGCUUCCAAAAGUAUCAGAGCAAAAUGGUCGGUGUUCCAUCAAAAGACAAUUGGACAGCAGAGGAGGACAACAUUUUGAAGGAGGCUGUUCGGGUGCUAGGCGAGAAGAACUGGCUGCAGGUUGCGAGCUGCUUGGGGAACCGCAACUCUGUCCAGUGUAUGACACGCUGGUCCAAGAGCGUGAACCCAGCUAUCCGGCGAGGUCGCUGGCUGAAGGAGGAGGAUGGAGCUCUCCGGGCGGCAUAUGAAGUUUACGGUGGCGGUCGAUGGGCCAAGAUUCAGCAGCAUGUCCUUGGCAGAACGGAUAUCCAAUGUCGCGAGCGAUACAUGAACGUUCUGACACCCAACCUCGCAACAGGACCAUGGACGCAACAAGAGGUCGAACGACUAGACGAACUUGUGAAAGUGCAUGGAGAGAAAUGGGGUCUUAUCGCAUCAUUGAUGAAUGGUCGUACCGACAAUCAGUGUGCCCGGCGGUGGAGGAUGAACAAGGAAGAGGACAAGCAGAAGCGCAAGGGAAGGCCAUCCAGGCGAUAUCUUGCGAGCCGUCGGCGGAAGGGAACGUCUACCGUGGCCGCCUUACCGACCGUUCAUAAAGACAAGGAGGCUAUCCAGAAGACGAUGCACUUGAAAAAAAAGUGGGAAAGAAGGAUUCUCAAGCGAGAGAUGAAGAUUCUCAGAGCCAAGGGAUUUUUCGACGGCCGAAAGAAUAAGAGGGUCAAGCCUUUGUACAAGUCCUUCCUCGAGAGGGAGCGGUUCAUCUACGAUUGCUGGCAGCAGCAGUGGGGCGAUCAUAUUGACCCCGUCGAGAAGGUCUUUAACCUUGGGAUCCCGCCACCCAUUACUGCCAACAAGGAGCCUCCCCAGGGUAGAGGAGACCAAUAUGGCUCCGUUUUUGAUGCCGUGAUGCCUGAUCCAGCUUCAGUUGCCAGACCUGGCAAGGUCCGUCCUGUCCCUCCUUGCAAUGCGACUCUGACGGCGUUCUCGAACCUCGUCCAGCAAGGCGAUCUCAUGAGUGGACGAUUUCAAUUGGCCCAUACCAUCUCGGUCGGCAAGACUUCGGCGGCGCCAGCUGAGCUUCUCAGUGCGGAGGAGCAGAUGACCCCGGAGCACAAGGAAUUGGAGGAGCGGUUUGAGGCUGUGUUUACGUGGCCGUUGCUGGCGGGGAUGUUGCAUAUGGAGACUGCGAGAAAUUUGGUGAACCAUGUGCAGACUGAUGCUGCUGCUGCUGUCGAAAAGAGACAGAGUCGAGUCAGGUUUAGGUCUAGCCAGAAAGGUCAUGAUCCCUCGGCGAGCGUGGGUUCUUCGACAGGAGGAGGAGGAGGAGUAGGAGCCAUGGAGAGCCCCUUGCAGCGUCAAGACGACGCUUCAUCAUCUGCUUAUGGUACUCCUGUAGCACCUUGGCAGGAGCAAUCAGAGAUGGAGGAUGUGGGGUCGAGUGAGUAUGAAACCGACAAUGACGGCGACGACGAGGAGCAUGUUCGAAGGGCAGGAGGAAGAGGAGGACGAAGUACCAAGCGAUUGAGGAUCGACCCCUAA